GUGGGCGGGAGCCGCAGUGGCGGCGGUGGAGGCUGGGGGCGGUGAGAGCGGCUUGGGGCUGCCCCUCCCCGGAGGCGGCGGGGGCGGCCGGGGCCGCGCCGCACCGCACCGCGCGGGCGGCUAUGGAGCGAGCCUGAGGCCCGCCAGGAGUUGUGGAGGCACUGCAGUGAAGAGCUAUGUAAUCACGGAGUCGCCUUGUAAUCAUCACCACCUGUUCUCCUUGAUAAGCCAGCGAGAAAGUGGGUCAAGGAAAAGGAAAAGAGGCCAACAUGAAGCUGAAGCAGCGAGUUGUGCUGCUAGCAAUACUCCUCGUCAUCUUUAUCUUCACCAAAGUUUUCCUGAUAGACAACUUAGACACAUCAGCUGCCAACCGAGAAGACCAGAGGGCCUUUCACCGAAUGAUGACUGGCUUGAGGGUGGAGCUGGUGCCUAAAUUGGACCACACCCUGCAGUCUCCUUGGGAGAUUGCAGCCCAGUGGGUGGUACCCCGGGAAGUAUACCCUGAAGAGACACCAGAGCUGGGAGCAAUCAUGCACGCCAUGGCCACUAAGAAAAUUAUUAAAGCUGAUGUGGGCUAUAAAGGGACACAGCUAAAGGCUUUACUGAUCCUUGAAGGAGGACAGAAAGUUGUCUUCAAACCUAAGCGGUAUAGCAGAGACUAUGUGGUAGAAGGGGAGCCAUAUGCUGGUUAUGACAGACACAAUGCAGAGGUGGCAGCCUUUCAUUUGGACAGGAUUCUGGGUUUCCGACGAGCUCCUUUGGUGGUUGGCAGAUAUGUUAAUCUUCGGACAGAGAUCAAGCCGGUGGCCACAGAGCAGCUGUUGAGCACCUUCCUAACUGUAGGGAAUAAUACAUGCUUCUAUGGCAAGUGCUAUUACUGCCGAGAGACAGAGCCAGCGUGUGCUGAUGGAGACAUGAUGGAAGGAUCCAUCACACUUUGGCUUCCAGAUGUGUGGCCCCUGCAGAAACAUCGACACCCCUGGGGCAGGACUUACCGAGAAGGCAAAUUGGCCAGGUGGGAAUAUGAUGAGAGCUACUGUGAUGCUGUGAAGAAAACAUCCCCCUAUGACUCAGGCCCACGCCUGUUGGACAUCAUUGACACUGCUGUUUUUGAUUACUUGAUUGGCAACGCCGACCGCCAUCACUAUGAAAGCUUUCAAGAUGAUGAAGGCGCUAGCAUGCUUAUCCUUCUUGAUAAUGCCAAAAGCUUUGGGAACCCCUCGCUGGAUGAGAGAAGCAUCCUCGCCCCUCUCUAUCAGUGUUGCAUCAUUCGGGUUUCAACCUGGAAUAGACUGAACUACCUAAAGAAUGGAGUGCUAAAGUCUGCCUUAAAAUCUGCCAUGGCCCACGACCCCAUCUCCCCUGUGCUCUCUGAUCCACACUUGGACACUGUGGACCAGCGGCUUCUGAAUGUCCUUGCCACAGUCAAGCAGUGUACUGACCAGUUUGGGAUGGACACUGUGCUUGUGGAAGACAGGAUGCCGCUCUCCCACUUGUAACUCUCAACAUGAAACAAGUGGCACUGAUUUUAGAGAAACAGCACAAUCAAUUCCAAAUGGCAUGUGAUGGCCUGCAAAUGGCCAGCAGCGGGCUUUGGUGGUAGAAGACAGUGGUCCUGGGAGUGCUUGGUGUUUUCUGCAGUGUCGGCAUGGGAGCUUGUCUGUGAGGUUACCUGGCAUCUUCAGCAGGCUCCGGCUCGGGUCAGUCUUAUUCCUACACCAAAGGACAAGCAGGCAUGACACUGGCUAAGGAAUUGGUUCCAGAGUAUGUCUGGAAUGAAAGUUGCCGUCCUUUCUCCACACCCAUGGAUUCUGUAGACUGACUUUGCGGUCCCUUGUGUCUUUAAAAGCAAACAAACAAAGGCAGAAGUAGUCAGAUAAUUAAAUGUGCUGCUCCUCCAGAGUGUCAUCAGACAGAAUAGCACAGUCUGCUGGAGACCCAUUUUAAGGUAGAUAGAGGAAGGGAAGGUCAGGAGGGUAUUGGAGCUCUUAGCUAUGAGUGCUGUGGAUUUGACAUCUCAGGGAAGAGAAGAGGGAGGGACUCACUCUGUAGAAUCAGGAGGAUGGUUGCCUUAGUGAAAAUCAGCUUCCCCCGUAUUUAGGUUCUUAGAUGUGUCCGAAGCAAACAUUCAUUUCCAGUCCUGUUCAAAUGAACCAAAAUCGUUUCUAAACGAAAUAGGAUUACAAUCCAAGCAUGAUGCCCGCCACACACUGACUUACCCUCAUGCCCAUCUUUUGCCCAGAGUAGCAAAACAAGCAGAAAUAAUACAAGUUUGGUACCUGUGAUCUCUGUUAUCCUCACUGCCCCCUCCAUUGGCAUUGUUUAUUUUGGGGUAGACUAUAGGCUAUUACUCUAGCCCAUGCUGGUCUGGAACUUGGUGUAUAACCCAGGCUAGCAUUGAACUGGCAGCAGUCCUCCUGCCUCAGCCUUCCACAUGCUAGGAUUGUAAGUAUAAACAACCAUACUCCGAUCUCGCUUCUCUUCUAAGGUGUAAGGCAUUUGAUCAGCGAUGGCCUUGUCUGUGCCUUUUCUUAUGAGAAAGUGUCCUGCUGGCAGCUGGACUGAGCUUGUGAUAUGGGCCCUGCAGGUAACAGAGAAAAAGAGCUUAAGCCUUCUGAGCCUCGAAACCGAAACUACCACAAAGAUCCUUAAUGUUUUGGUUCACAUUGGAGCUCUGACCCGAUGGUGUACUUAGUAGAAUUCUUUGACCUCCUUGCAGCAUUGUCAAGUUCAGGGUUAGUUGUGUGCUCUGGCAAAGUCGCUUGGCAUGGAAGAGCUGUGGUAAAUUACAGCUGAGGGCUAGGGAUGGCGUCCGCAUUCAGAGCUGUGUGUUCCCUACACCUCUUGUCCAGUUAUGGACUUCUGUCAAGACCAGCCUUCAGUGCCAUGCUUGACAUUUAGUACCAGCCAUGGAGCCUGGCAUGAGGCAACUACCUUUUGAGUUUAAGCCCUCAGAUUUCUCACAUUGAAACCUAGUAGCCUAUAACAACUUUUAAAAGGCAUGAAAUUAGGAAAGUUUGUACACUUUAUGUAUAUUUUGAAGUAGAUUAAGGACUUGGCUGCAUUUUUUAAUGCGGAUAUUGAACUUAAGAAAACAAAUAUUAGCACAAAACACUGAAACAGUGUUAACAAAAGGAGGUACUGAGUCCAGUUUCCAGGCCACUUGCUGUGUGUGCAGCAAAUUAACGGUUGAACUUGAGGUGAGUGUGGUCACUGCUUGCAAAAGUGGGAGCCAGCAGGUGGCAGCAGUCAGCCAUCCCGGCACUCGGACACUGGUAAAGUGAAUGACAGGAGCCUCACUUGUAAUGUUGAAGGCACAUGAUUCUUCCAAGGAAAGAACAGGUAGAAAGGGUGCUCAGGAAAACAACUUUUUCCUUAGCAUAGUCACAGAAAUCAUGUCACACUUCAUUUUCACACCCUGGUAUUAGGAGAUAUGCAGAUCCACAGCAGAUAAAGUGAGCCAAAGUGGUGUGACAGCAGUUAGAAUAUAAAUCUCUGUUCUAAGUGGGGUUGGAUUAAGCUUUGUUGGUGAAUCUCAUCAAGGCUGGCAGGGGAGGGUCACAAGCUUCUAGCUCCAAAUUUAUAGACAGGAAGUUGUGUUGGGGAAAAGGAUAGAUGCGUUUUUAAAAAGUAUUGUAAUUCUGGUCUCUUUCUAGGUCAUUGACUAGAGUUAGGGCUGUUAUGAUCAGGUCACCAGAAGGAGGUAAGUCAGCUCCAAAUUAUGUUUACCAGCUGAACAUCUGAAUACAUGGAUACAUUUACUACAAAACCAAAAAACCAGAACCCAUCGCUGAUUCCUCAUUUGCUCCCACUUCUUAAAUAUAUGUAUUCUGAAGUUGAAAGGAGAAAUCUAGGUAUAGACUUUUUAUUCUCAAACUGUUCCUUAGUCUCAGGCUGCAUUGUAUAAAAAUUCCUUUUAAAACAAUACGCUCUGGUUUGCUGAAGAUGGGUGGUAUUUUUAAGGCAUGUCUCCCUGUUUGCACUCAGGGUUAAUGUCAAGACUAAAUUUUAAGAAGAAAAUGGAGGAAUUCGGCUACAUUUAUUACAGAUUAUUUUAGCAGCUUUUCUGUUUUCUCAGUGCUGUGACAGCAUUGCCGUCCAAAGGAUCCAUGCUUUCUUUCACACACUCAUGCCUUGGCUCUCCAUCCCCAUGCACUACACUCCUUCAGCCUCCCUUCUCAUUCCUAUUCCUCACUGGAUCUCUUUGAUCAGCAAACAACCUCUUGUGAUCAUAAAACAGCUGUGGUCAGCAAGCUCCCUUGUGCCUGUGAUCUGACUUUCGGGAUGGUGGGUAGAGGGCUUUGGGUCAAUGUGGCUGGGGUUGUAUUCUGCCAAGGAACAUGGAUUUCCUUUGACACAAGGAAGUGCUGACUGACUCUGAGAAAGGACUUGGCCAGUAAAGGUUAGCACAUCCACCAAGCAUCUCCUGAGCAGUCUGCUGAGCCAGGUGACCUGACUGUGAAACUUGUUCCAUGGGGGAGGCUGGCUUUUCUCCCCUGUAUUUCCCUAGUCUGGGUGGUGAAUGGGGACUGGGUACUGCACUGUCAUGAGUUUUUAGGACUUACAGUGAUCCCCAAACUAUUGGGGUAAGCUGGGAAUAACUUACUGGGAGGUUAAUUUAUUUGUCUAAAAGGUGGUGUAAGCAUCACUGCCCUCUUGUUUGAUCUGCCUGGGAUUUCCUCUUGGAGCUGUUGUGCAGACAGAGGUUGUACUUGGUAAGAAACCAAACAAAUUUCUAAUGUGUUCUAUGGGUUUCAAUUCUGGAAAAAAAAAUAAAGAUUUUAAUAUAUAUUAUUGUA